CCGCUGGGGCUGCUGCGCCUGGGGCAGCUGGCGCUGGGCGCUGCCUUCUGGGUGACGGUGGCGGCUCACAAGUACGAGGGGGCGGCCCACUUCGCCCUCUUCGCCGCCGUCCUGGUCUGGCUCCUCACCCUGGCUCUCUUCGGGCUGAGCCUGCUGGGGCGCUGGGCACUGGUGCCCUGGCUGGGCUCUCGCUGGCUCCUCACCAACCUGGUGCAUGACCUGGGGCUGGGCGUGGGCCUCUACGCGGCCGCCACCGGCAUCAUGGGCCACAAAGCCCAGCAGAAAAGCUAUUGCAACCUGCCGGGCUACAGCCAGCACUGCCUCUACGGUGCCUACCUGAGUGCCUCUGUCUGCGGGGGCAUCGCCGCCUGCCUGUACCUCUUCUCUGGGCUCUACUGCCUGUCACGGCGUUGCCGGGACCAGCGCGAUAUCAUCUGA